AAUUCAAUAUGGCGAAUAUAGAGAGUAGUAGGUGUCGAGGUAUGGAGAAAAACUUGUUAAACUUUCGAUGGAAAAUACUAUUUAACAUACUUAAAAGAGUUGGUGAACAUUUGACAAUGGCAGAAGUUAAGCUUCUUGUUUUUCUUACCGGAAGCGCCAUAGAUGAAACAACAAAAUCAAGAAUUCGAAAUGGCAAAGACUUAAUCAUGGCAUUAAUCAAAUGUGGGGCUUGUGAUGAAAGUAAUUUGCGGAGUAUUAUACAUUUGUUAAAAUGUAUCAAACGCUAUGAUUUGUUGCAUUUAAUAAGUGCUAAAAACAAAAGAAAAGUUUCACCAGAUCCCGUUGAACAGUACCUGAUUCAGUUAAGCCAGGUUUCUGAUAUUAAUGAACAAGCACCAAGUAGUGCUUGUAGAAGUCCAGCUUCCAUAUCAGAUGGUGAACCAUCAACAUCACUAGAAACCAGAGUUGGAAGAAAUCAAAACUCUGAUGACAUAGAUACACCUGUGAAAAAACUAAGACGAAGCCCAAGACAUCAGAAGCCUACAGACUCUCAGAAACCUGACAACAGUGAGAUGACAGACUUUCCUUCAGGAGCCAAAAUAAAGUAUACAAGUGAUGUUCGUCUCAGGGUUCGGGCUGAAUAUUGCAAUUAUGAAAAUGCUCUUCGAGGAGCAAUAUCAUCAAAUAAAGUAGAUCCAAUUGAACGUCAUCUGGAACGUUUCAGCCAAGCCAAUACCAUUUUGCGCUCUCGAGAUCUUGGGGACAUUGUCUGUAACAUAAGAUUUUCUGAAAUCACAUACUUGGAUGCAUUUUGGAGAGAUUACCUGAAUGGAGCAUUAUUGGAUGCAUUGAAAGGGGUUUUUAUCACAGACUCCCUUAAACAAGCUGUUGGAAAUGAAGCCAUAAAACUUUUAGUAAACGUAGAUGAAGAAGACUAUGAAAGAGGAAGACGUAUACUUCUCCAAAAUCUGCAACAAAUACAGUGAUAAGCAGUUGUUCAUUUCAAAGUAAAAUCUGUGGAUAAGCAUUAUGUUACCAGUUGAGACUUUAAAGCAGCUUUGGCUUUCUUGUAUAUUAAAGAUCAUUAUUGUUCCUUUACUUCAUUGGAUCAUCUGUUUUGAAGAAAUAAGAUCAUAGAUUAAGUGGCACAUACAUUUAUAUACAUAUUAUUAUAAUAAUUUAAAUAAUAAAAAAAAAACAGAGAGAUCAGCCUAUUUUUACUGGGCCUGGGGGUGUCAGAUGAAAUAAUUAAAUUGAGGCUGGAACCAUAUAUAUUGUACAAUAUUAAUUGUUAGUAUAUAUAUAUAUAUAUAUUUUGCACUUAUCACUUUGUUGUAAACACUCAUUAGUUUGGUAGAAGGAAAUUUGAGUGAUUACUAAUGUUCAAUUGUUCUUAAUUUUCCCAUACUUAAAAAAUUAUUACUUUCACUAACUAAUUAUUUAUCAUUGGAACAUUUUUCAAGGAUUUGCAAAAGCUUUUGGAAUAAUUUUUUUCUGUAUUGUUGAAGUUCAUACAUAUAAUUUGUUUUGUAAGGGGUUGAGUAGAUUAAUAAGAAGGUGCCUCUCAUGCUUUGCAUGAAGUUUUGUUCCUAUAGGCAUUGAAGAAUAAUAGACUCAGGUUCCUACAAGCUAAAUACCUCUCGAGUAGUGAGACCCAUUUUUCUGAAACGUUUUGACAUUUCAACUAAUCAAGGUACUGCUCUUUUUAUUUCUUGUUUUGUAAUGGCAGUUGAAACCCCACAAGAAGCAUAUUGUUUAGUCUAUAAAAGAAGUAAUUAAAAAAGGAUAACAUUUUUUUAUCCAGCGGAUUUGUGUCAAGUAAGCAAAAAGUGUACAUCUUUAAAAUGUGUUUGAAGGAACAUUUAACUUUUUUUACAAUGUUCUUUAAAUCAUAAUGGUUGGUUAAAUUUUCUGCUUAUACUGUAUCAUACGAUAAAAAAAAUUGAAAGAAAGGGUUCUUGUUCCCCCUCUCAAAUGCAUAUGUAAUUCUAUUAAAACAUAGGCUUAACUUAAAGUAUAUGUAGUGUCACACACACAUGGUGUUAGAAAAACACGUAGGUUCAAGAAGUCUUGAUAGAAAAAAAAAAAAAACUAUAACCCAAACGCUUUUGAAAGUGCUCGGGUUAUAGGGUCUUUAUUCAUUUCUAGUGUCAAACAUAGAAGUUAUUUGACUCUUAAGCAACAUUUCCUAAUAAUUAACUUUGAAACAUGUGACUGCUAGUUAUACAUUUUUGUUAUAACUGCUGUGUGGGUUUUCACUUAACAAUAUUUGUGCUAAAAGUUAUUAAGUACAUAAAAUCUAAUGAAAACAAAUUAUUGUAUGUUACUUAUAUAUGUAGCAGAAUAAUUUUCUUUUGACAAAUGGUAGCCCAACUAAAGUCAUGAUAUAUGCUGUAAUUAAAUCAUUUAUAUUGAUAACUCUACCAUCAAGUUAACUGACGAAAAUGUACAUAGCUUAAUACCUUUGAAUGGUGAACAAGUGUGAUUUGUCUUUUGUUACAAAACUCAUUCUAAUCAAACUGCAAGCAGAUCUAAAAUGGUUUAUAGUGGCAGUCCAAUUCACAAAGAGUUCACCCAGAUUAUAAAAAAAUCAGACUUAGCAGAACAACAGUAAUUUUUUUUAGGUAUGCCUUAUUUCUAACAUAUGUUAUACAAUAAUUUUGUUGUUGUUUUCUUUAUUCAUUACCUAAAUGUUAUAUCAUAAGCAUCUCCUAUUUUUUUUUUUUUGUAUUCUAUUGCAAUUGAAUUUACCUGAAAAAAUACUAUUUCUGUCUGUGAUGAAAGUGACAAAGUUACAGUAAGUAUAAGUAGCUAGAAAGAAAUGUGGGGUCCUCUCAUUAAUUAUAUUAUUAAAUGCAGCUUUCUUCAAAGAUUUAAAAAGUAGCUACUUAGAACUUGCUAAUGGUUGUUUACAUUCACCCAGUAGAUCAACUUCGUUCAAUGAAACAUUGGUAAGUGUGCUAGAUUGUGGAAAAAAGGAGCUACACACUAUGGGGCCUUGGGUGCAUUAUAAGUGUGACAGUCAAAUUCCACUAUUCGGUCUGACAAGAGUAGCCCAAGAUUUGGCGGAGGAUAAUGUUGACUAACUGUCAUCCCUGUAGCCUGUUACUUCACAGUUAGGGAUGGGUAGCACAAAUAUCCUUUGAGUGGACUUGCAAAAAUGCAACAAACCAGCAAACAGUCAUUCAAUCCAGGAUGCACAAUAUAAUUUUAAUGAAAUUAUUUUUGUUCUGUGAUGAAUCUCCAGCAUAAAGUAAUGUGAUAUAUAUUAAAAUGCUUGUAAACUGGCUAUUUCUACUCGUAACUCCUUGACUGUUAUGUAAAGGAACCAUGCACAUUCUAUUCCAAAGAUAUAAAAUUAUUAUAAUUCUAAGAAUGAAAUCCAGGUGCAGUUUCUUAUUGGUGAACGGUAUGUUUCUAAACAUGUGUAAAAUCCUUUUAUGUUACUAGCAGUUGUGUUUUGUUAAAAAAAAAAAGGUUUUAAGAGUAUCACAGAGGUUAGACAAUGUAAAAAAGGAAAGGGUUUCUUGAUAUAUUUGUGUUUGUUCCUUUAAUUUGUAAUUCUUAAUCCAAAUGAGUAUUGUAAGGCAAGCAAUACACUGUACAAUGCCUUUGAAUAUCAACAACAGGAAAAAAUUCUAAACAUAACACCUAAAUUUAUACUUUGCAGAAACUUUACGAACUUUGUUGAAAGUGUAAUAAUUAUACUGGCUGCCUAAGGCUGAAAUUUAAAGAUCAACCAUCAGUGAACUGAACAAUUUCAAACAUUUUUUAAGUGGUAUGUGCCAGGAACAAUUAAUUUUGUAAUUGAUAGAUGAAAUAUUUUUCAUUAUCAAGCUAUAUUUUGUUUCACUGAAAUUUUUAAGACAGGUGUGUUAAUUUAUUUAUUCAAUCAGAACUUUAUGUGUAAUUUUUGAACUGGAAUUGAGUGUUAUCAGUAGUAUGUGCAUGUUUGUGUUGUGUGUUUAGAUGGAGAGUACAUGCUUGUGAUCUCAAGGAAAAAGAGAGUUCUAAAGAAAGUUGGAUCUUUUCUCUAUUCAUUGGGUAUGUAGUUUUUUGCAUAAUUUCCCUGUUUGUGUUCCAAAGAAAGUUGGAUCUUUUCUCUAUCCAUUGGGUAUGUCGUUCUUUGCAUAAUUGUCUUAUGUUCCAAAGAAAGUUGGAUCUUUUCUCUAUUCAUUGGGUAUGUGGUUCUUUGCAUAAUUUCCCUGUUUGUGUUUUGGAGAAAUUCAUAUCUUUUCUCUAUCCAUUGGGUAUGUGGUUCUUCGCAUAAUUAUCUUGUUUGUGUUCCAAAGAAAGUCAUAUCUUUUCUGUAUCCAUUGGGUAUGUCGUUCUUUGCAUAAUUGUCUUGUUUAUGUUUCAAAGAAAGUCAAAUCUUUUCUCUAUCAAUUGGGUAUGUGAUUCUUUGCAUAAUUUCUUUGUUUGUGUUCCAAAGAAAGUUGGAUCUUUUCUGUAUUCAUUGGGUAUGUCGUUCUUUGCAUAAUUGUCUUGUUUAUGUUUCAAAGAAAGUCAAAUCUUUUCUGUAUCCAUUGGGUAUGUGGUUCUUUGCAUAAUUUCCUUGUUUGUGUUCCAAAGAAAGUUGGAUCUUUUCUCUAUCCAUUGGGUAUGUGAUUCUUUGCAUACUUUUCUUCUUUGUGUUCCAAAGAAAGUUGGAUCUUUUCUCUAUCCAUUGGGUAUGUGAUUCUUUGCAUAAUUUCUUUGUUUGUGUUCCAAAGAAAGUUGGAUCUUUUCUGUAUCCAUUGGGUAUGUGAUUCUUUGCAUAAUUUCCUUGUUUGUGUUCCAAAGAAAGUUGGAUCUUUUCUGUAUCCAUUGGGUAUGUGGUUCUUUGCAUAAUUUCCCUGUUUGUGUUUCAGAGAAAGUUGGAUCUUUUCUGUAUCCAUUGGGUAUGUGGUUCUUUGCAUAAUUUCCUUGUUUGUGUUCCAAAGAAAGUUGGAUCUUUUCUGUAUCCAUUGGGUAUGUGGUUCUUUGCAUAAUUUUCUUCUUUGUGUUCCAAAGAAAGUUGGAUCUUUUCUGUAUCCAUUGGGUAUGUGGUUCUUUGCAUAAUUUUCUUCUUUGUGUUCCAAAGAAAGUUGGAUCUUUUCUGUAUCCAUUGGGUAUGUGGUUCUUUGCAUAAUUUCCCUGUUUGUGUUUCAGAGAAAGUCAGAUCUUUUCUCUAUUCAUUGGGUAUGUGAUUCUUUGCAAAAUUUUCUUCUUUGUGUUCCAAAGAAAGUUGGAUCUUUUCUGUAUCCAUUGGGUAUGUGGUUCUUCGCAUAAUUUUCUUGUUUAUGUUCCAAAGAAAGUUGGAUCUUUUCUCUAUUCAUUGGGUAUGUGGUUCUUUGCAUAAUUUUCUUGUUUGUGUUCCAAAGAAAGUCAUAUCUUUUCUGUAUUCAUUGGGUAUGUGGUUCUUUGCAUAAUUAUCUUGUUUGUGUUCCAAAGAAAGUCAUAUCUUUUCUGUAUUCAUUGGAUAUGUGGUUCUUUGUAUAAUUUCCCUGUUUGUGUUUCGGAGAAAGUCAGAUCUUUUCUCUAUCCAUUGGGUAUGUGAUUCUUUGCAUAAUUUUCUUCUUUGUGUUCCAAAGAAAGUUGGAUCUUUUCUGUAUUCAUUGGGUAUGUGAUUCUUUGAAUAAUUUCCUUGUUUGUGUUUCGGAGAAAGUUGGAUCUUUUCUGUAUCCAUUGGGUAUGUGAUUCUUUGCAUAAUUUUCUUGUUUGUUUCUUUUGACAUAUCACAUUACUGUAUAAUUCUGCUCAAAUAGCAGCUUUUUUCCCUCCAGUUCUACUGUUUUCACUUCAAGUCAGAGUUGUUAAGAUAUUAAUAAUUUUGGUAAUUUUAACAGAAAUCUUCUUUCAGAGAUUAAAAUAUUCAAGUUCUUUUGUCAACAUCUUUGAGUAGAAUUAAACAGUUUAAAUAAAUUGAAAACUGAAUACAUGUCAGAAUGUUUCAAAAAUUGGGUCUUGCUAUGUUAAAUUAAUCUCCUAUUUUAAAAUCUAAAUUACCAACUGGUAUUUAUACCUUUUGCUUCAUGCAAGUUCCUAUUUUUAAUUAGAUUUGUCAAUUUAAAAUUAACAUAACUACAUCUACUGAAUAGGAAAUAUCAUUUGAUGUAUUUGCAGUGCAUUUCAAGAUUGAUAUUAAACAAGUUGAAUAUCAGUGGUACAGCCCAGGAAUUUUCAAAUGUCAACUUUUUGUUUUAAUAUACACGUGAAAAUUAUUUUCACAUAGUGAACAGCAUUUGUUAAGCAAAAUAUAAAUAUCUGAACACUUUCAUGUGUUUCUGUGUUGUACUUGAGGGUUAUAUAAGGGUCACUAUUGAAUUACUUUAAGUGUGUAGUAAAAUAUGAUAAUUUUUCUGUUGUAACUACACCUUUUGUGUGUAUGGUCUUACUGUACAGUUCUGCCAAAAUGCCCAAAUUUUAUGUAUUGCCUAUGUCAAUUUAAAAAAGUUAUACUAUAUAACUACUACUAAUCAAUGCAAUUGUGUGUAUGUGUGUGCAUGAGUUAUUUUAUACUUGUUUUUGUACCAGUUUUUGUGGUUAAGAGAUGUUAUAAGUGUUAUUGUAAAUAUUUGAAAAGUAUUAGAGAGGAGUGUAAGCUUUCGUUUAUAUUGUUUAAUUGAAAAGUUGCAUUUUUAUUAUCACUAGAAUUGUCUAAAACUGACAUUUUGUUCCAAUUUAUAUGACUUUUACCAUAGUAACAACCAGAAGCAUUCGUGAAUAUGUAUUGGAUCAGACUUACAGAAGCUUCCCUCACUAAAAUAAACAAUAAAUUGUUUACUUCUACCCUUACUUUAGAUCAGUCAUUUUACAUGAGGACUUUAUUCCCUGUAGUGACACAGCGGUAUGUCUGUGAACUUACAAUGCUAGAAUCCGGGUUUCGAUACCGUGGUGGGCAGAGCACAGAUAGCCCAUUGUGUAGCUUUGUGUGUAAUUACAAACAAACAAAUCUCUGUAGUAAAUAACAAAACUCCUAAGGCUUUCCAAAACUUAGUAUCAGAUGUUGAAAAAUUGACAGUUCACUUUUAACAGUCUUUUGCUUUGUCAUUUAUUAAGGUUUUAAUAUUUCACUCAUUGUGUGUUAAUGAAUAGUUACCAUUGAUAAGAGCUUUUCUUCUAUUAAAAUCUCAGCCCUCACAAAGUACUUCUUGUCUACAGUUAUAAAUCUAACAUAACUCUCGAAAUCUUACUUUUAGGAACAUAACUGGCAUUCAGUUAAUUGUAAGAAUUAAGACAUAGUAUCUAAGCUCUGUCAGAACAGCUAUUAAUUUCUUACUUUCAAAAGUAAAACUCUUAGCUCUGUCAACAUAACCUGCAGAAUCUUACUUCCAAUGGUUCCAGUAUAACUCAUUUUAGGUGUGAUGACAUAAAUCAGUAAAUAAAAUUCCUAUUAUUAUUAGUGUCUUAACUAUAUCAACAUAACCACCAAUAUCUUACUUCCAAACAUACCAAUAUCACUCUCAUUUUAGCUCUGUCAACUUAAUUUUAAAUUUAUGUCGAGAGCUGAAAUUAAGUUUUUGUCACAUUAAAAGCAGUGAUAUUUUCUUUGACAUUUAUAUGUCUGAACAUACAGGUUUAUAAAGAAAUGCUUAUAUAUGUAAGACUUUUGAACUUUCGUAUUCUACUUAUUUGUUUCAUUUCCAAAAGUAAAUACUAUUUAUUGAUGAUAAUUUAAAUAUUGUGUUGCUCGUGAGCAUCAAGCCCUUUGUACAUGUCUAAAGAUUACUGAUGCAAGUGUGCACAGUAACUGGAUGCUUAUGAAAUUAAAUAAAUUUACUUCAUAUUGUAAACACACAAGUGGAUAAAUUUACAGAAUUCCUCCAUGUAGGUUAAUGAAUCUUGAUAUGUUGGAUUGGAACCGUUGCAUGUUUCCUGUAUUUAAAUACACACGUUUUUUUAGAAAUGUGUAAAAUAAAAAAUACAGCAGUUUUUCCAGAAAUAAUUCCUUUUAAGAUGUAAUAUCUCUAUAUAUAUAUAUAAUUAUAUAACUAUUUUUUACUCUGUUGGUAUCUUGACCAAAGGCACAGUUAUCAGUAAAAGUUUGUUUUACUGCACAACUCCAGUGAAGAUGUGUCAGUUAAAUUAUUUAAACUGUUUUUUUCUGAAUGUGCGAAACAAAUUCAAAUGAUUAUUCCUCAUUAUAUUGAAAAACAUCAACUUUAUAACCAUCUUAUGUAUAAUUUAUAUGUUGUAUUAUACGAUAUUUAAUGUAAAUUGUUAGAAUCUGUUUUUAGGUAGACAUUUGGCUUCAUUUGCCACGCAUAUUAAAGCAAAAAUGAAAUUUCUAUGUUUAAUAGAAGUAAUGCAUCAUGUUGCCAUUAAUAGUUAGUAAUAGAACUGUCAUUAUGGAUGUAAUUUAAAAGCAGUUUAUAUUGGAGAUACUUAUUCUAAAAAGUUAUGUUAAAGCACAAAAGAGCAGUUGCAAAACCUUUGUUUUUUGUACUAUACAUAUAAGAAUUGUGGAAAAUUUACAUUUUUUGUAAAUAUAAAUUCAUUUAUAGCCUUCAGGCUAUCUGUAUGUACUCCAGUAUUUCAUAUAGGAUUUGUUGAAUGAAAUACCUCCUAAUGUUUUGUGGGAAUACCUGCUGGUGGCAGGUGUAGCAUCAUAUUUAUAUAGUUUCUCCUAUGAUUUCAAUUCAUGCAUCAAAAUAUGAAAACAAGGUAUUUUUUACAAGUAGAAAUUAUUCAGUAUUCCUCUUAAAUAUGAAAAUGAUUCUUUUUAUAAAUUUAAGGGUAAUAUUUUUGGCCUAGAUUUUGGAUCAGAAUGUCUCGUUAUGAAGUUACGGUAGUUGUCGCUGAAAGCAUGUACUUCUGUCACAUAUAAUGAAAAAUGGCAUCCUUAAUCUUGACUUGAUCCGUUCACUCUUGUUACUUAAGGAUAUAACUACAAAAGCAAUUUGACAAAGAAGGGAAUUUUUGUAUGUGUUUACAAGCUACUAGAAAUAGUUAUCAGUUCAUAUUUAUAUGCCCCCAGUGACUCGGCGAUAAGGCUAUAGGCUUAUAAUGCUAAAAACCAUGGUUCAAUACUUGUGGUGAACACAGCACAGAUAGCCAAUUGUGUAGCUUUCUGCCUAACAACAAACAAACAGAUCAUUUCUACACACCUAUAAUUUGCAGUUUUCAGGAGUUAAGUGAUUGUAAAAAAAGUGUGGACACUUACAUAUAGCAAUUUGUAAAAUAUAAUGUGCAAUAUGAUAGGUUAGUUGGAAAUGUGUCUAACCUACAGUAAUAUUCUUAUCUGAAUGAACCAUAUUAUGAUUAUUGAACAACAACUUAAAAAAUAUUUUGUUGAAUUUGUUAAAGAACUGUACAAACUUGAAGUUGAUCCUCUAUAACUAGUAGAUAAUGCAAAUGCUAUACCUCAUUUGAAUAAUUUAAGGUCUAUGUUAUUCAACUCUUAUCAGAGGGUAUUUAACAUUUAUAUACUGUCAUUUAUGGGCAAAAUUAAUAAAAUCAUGCAUUAUUCCAAUAGUAAUAUACUCCUGGUAGUUGGUUUAAUAAGAUUUUAUAAAUGAAUUUGCAAACUUGCUUUAAAUACAUUAAAAAACUAUCAAAUAAUGUUUCUUGUAUUCUUGAAUUUUCAUAAUACUUUUCAUUACGUUAUCAAAUUUAACCAUGUUUGUGGUAUAAAGGUCUCAGACUAGUGAAAGAAGUUUCCCCACAGAACGAAAUCUCUAAGUAUACUCAGGUUUAAAGCCAUUGAUUAUUCAAAUUAAAAAGAAAAAUUGGUGAAAGAAUUAUACACUAAAUAGUUGGGUCUCAUUCACAUUUGGCUCUUUCAUAGGCGUGAACAUCGGGAUUCGUUAAGCCUCAAUUUCAUAUCCAAAGUUAAGGGUAAUCCUUAUACAGUGGUUACUGAAACCUUUAUUGAUGAAAUCCAGCACUACUUGACUUUACAUUGUAAGGUUUGUAGUUAAAAAAUAUAGUGUUAAAAACUUAUGACUUACAGAGUUUGACGUGCUAGGUUUUAUAAACUAAGUUUCAUUAUUUUUCAGUGGGGAUAUGAGGCACGUUUUAUUUUUGGAAUGUAACUGAUAUUACCUUUAUGGUAAUGUAUUACAAAAUUGAAAAAAUAGACAGAAUUAUGUUAGCAGCUUUCUUUAACAGAGAUAAGUUUCUUACAUAAAGAUUUUUAAUCACAAUUAUAUUACUAAUGUGACAGAAAAUUCAACAGGAUGGUUUUUGUAUGAUAAAUUGUGUCAAAAAGUGUACUAAGUGGUGUUAUUGAAUUAUAUGAAAAAGAUAUCACAAAAUGAAUAGAUUGAAUUCAGACAAUGGUUUUUCAUAAAUGAAAAUAAGGGGUACUUCUUGCUGAUUUGUUUAAACACCUCGCUAUUUGUUUUAAGUAUAUUUUAAUUGUUGUAAAUGUAUAAAUUGUUAAGUGUUGUGAAAUUCAUUAUGCUGGUUAGUAAAGGACUUUCCGUGCUCCUUCAGUAUGGAAUUUUAAGAAUAAUAUAUAUCUUAAAACAGUUAUAGUGCCAGACCUGUGUUCUUCUCUGUAUGUAUUUAUAUGAACGUUUGUAGUUUAUUAUAACACUGAAACUUGUGUAUUAUUUGUCUUCCCAAUUAAUUAAAAUUUUAUUUACCAAAUA